CGAUCUUAUUCUCUGCCUCCGUUGGUGUUACAGUGACAAUGCCUUCAACCUUGCAUCGCCUACUCGUCUCCACUCUCCGCAACUCCAACGUUCUCUCUCCUCCAUUUCCGCCUCUCACCUCAACGCCCGUCCUCCUCUCACUUUGCCUCCGCUUCAUCUCCUCCUCACCAGGCCAAACCCAAGCUCAAACCUCCCAAACCCCAACUCCUCCGCCCCAAAUCCCCAAGCCCAAAACCAAAACCCCGUUGGAAAAGCAGUUUGAGACUUGGGUCCAGAAGCUCAAACCGGGGUUCAAUCCCUCCGACGUUGAGUACGCCCUUUGGUCCCAAUCCGAUCCCGACCUCGCCCUCGACAUCUUCAGAUGGACCGCUCUGCAGCGUGGCUACAAGCACAACCAUGUUACCUACUUUACCAUGAUAAAGAUCCUUAUCGUGGGCAAGCGCUACCGCCACGCCGAGACAAUCGUCGAAGAGGUACUCGCUGGCGCUUGUGAUAUUAACGUGCCUCUUUACAACUCUAUUAUUAAGUUCUGUUGCGCUCGAAGAUCUCUGUUCAAUCUCGCCUUCGAUGUUUAUAAAAAAAUGUAUAAUUCAGAGAACUGUAAACCCACGCUUGAGACUUAUUCGUUGUUGUUCAAUUCAUUGCUUAGAAGGUUCAACAAGUUGAAUGUUUGUUAUGUGUAUUUGCAUUCUGUCCGGUCGUUGGCAAGGCAAAUGAAGGCUUUGGGUGUGAUACCGGAUACGUUCGUGUUGAAUAUGAUCAUAAAGGCAUAUUCAAAGUGCCUAGAAGUUGAUGAGGCAAUUCGGGUUUUUCGUGAAAUGGGGCUGUAUGGAUGUGAGCCGAAUGCAUAUUCGUAUGGGUAUAUAGCGAAGGGAUUUUGUGAGAAGGGAAUGGUGGUUAAGGGUUACGACUUCUACAAGGAAAUGAGGGAAAAGAGUUUGGUUCCGAGUAGCAGUACGUAUAUGAUUGUGAUUUGCAGUCUUGCGUUGGAACGGAGGUUUGAGGACGCGAUUGAUGCCGUCUUUGAUAUGUUCGGCAAUUCGAUGUCUCCUGAUUUGUUGACAUACAAAACAUUGUUGGAGGGAAUGUGUCGGGAAGGGAGGGGCAACGAUGCUUUUGAACUGCUCGAUGAAAUGAGGAAGAGGGAUCCGUCGAUGAAUGAGAGGACUUACAAGGCUUUGCUGAAUGGAUUGCAUUUUCUAAGUCGAGACUAGACUAUAUAUUCAGUCUUCUAAGAAUUGAGUUCAAUACUUCAGCUGAUACUACUUCAGGAGCAAAGCAAGCAUCUAGAAACAGUUAAACCUGAUGUGAAAUAUCUAAUUCUAUCCCUGGAAAUUUCUGGAUGUCAGACUGAUAAAACGGUAACAGAAUUGCCCCGAAGAUGCGUUUGCAUUUUCUUCUGGGUGGGUGUAUUUUUUGUGACAUUCUAGAAGCUUUAAGAAAGGAGAGUAGCGUUGUUGUGUCAGUGGUUCUAACAUUAUAUUUUGUGUCGAGUUCGGUUUUGGCCAGAUUUUACUUUAUGAAACACUCAAGCAUCUGGUGAAAAUUACGAGCAAAGAAGAAAGUUUUAGCUUGACUGGGUGAAUUGGAAACAUCUGAUGUUCUGUGCUUGGAGGGUGUUAAUUUUACCCAGAACUUAAGCAUUUGUGCUUAUUUGAUGCAAAUGGAAAUGUUUACCUUUGAAUAUGGAAAUGUAUAAAUAAUAAAAAUAACUUUUCUCGA